ACCUGCUGCAGAUCAGAACACAAAUUCAACUCUGCAGCUGCUCAACAGUUUUGACAGUUUGCUUUGUGCCCGGCACUGUAACGGCACUUAUCCAGUUUCUGCAGCGAGCUGCCAUUUUGUGCUGCAUCGUGACUGAGCGAAGAAAAGAAAAGAUCCAUUUGCAAUUUGCUGCCGUCUUUUAAAUUGUUUUUUUUGUAUCUAUUAAAAUCAUAAAAAAUGCGCGAAGUAAUCUCCAUACAAAUUGGCCAGUGCGGCAUACAGAUUGGCAACGCCUGCUGGGAACUGUAUCUGCUGGAACAUGGCAUCAAUCUCGAUGGCAGUCGCAAGUCGGAGGAGCAGCUGGUCGAUAGCGGCAGCAGCUCCAGCGUUGGCCAAGGCACCACGGCCAACGAUGCGCACACAUUUUUCAUGGAAACGGGCAACGGGAAGCAGGUGCCCCGCUCCAUUUUUGUGGAUCUGGAGCCAACGGUGAUCGAUAGUGUGCGCACCGGCGCCACCCGAGAUCUUUACCAUCCCGAGCAGCUCAUCUCCGGCAAGGAGGAUGCAGCGAAUAAUUUUGCACGCGGCCGCUACUCGAUUGGCAAGGAGGUAAUCGAUAAGGUGACAUCGCGACUCCAGAAGAUUGUCGAGCAGUGCGACGGUCUGCAAGGUUUCCUCAUUUUUCACUCGAUGGGCGGCGGCACCGGUUCCGGCUUUACGUCGCUGCUCAUGGAGCGCCUGGCCAGCGAUUUCAAUAAGAAGUGCCGCUUGGACUUUGCCGUCUAUCCAUCGCCCAAGGUGUCCACGGCCGUGGUUGAGCCAUAUAAUGCCUUAUUGACCACCCACUCGACCAUCGAGCAUGCGGACUGCGUCUUCAUGGUGGACAACGAGGCCAUCUAUGAUAUAUGCAACAAUAAGCUUGGCGUUGAUCGGCCAGCAUAUUUGAAUCUGAAUCGGUUGAUUGCCCAGAUUGUUAGCUCGACGACGGCCUCGUUGCGCUUCAGCGGCUCCAUGAAUGUUGACCUAAAUGAGUUCCAAACGAAUCUGGUGCCCUUUCCCCGCAUCCAUUUCCCCCUCGUCGCGUACGCUCCGCUCAUGUCAGCGGAUCGUGCUGCCCACGAGCAGCACGCAAUUACAUCGCUGACGAAUGCCUGCUUCGAGUCAUCCAACAUGAUGGUAAAGUGUGAUCCGCGUGCCGGCAAAUACAUGGCCUGCUGCAUGCUCUAUCGGGGAGAUGUGGUGCCCAAGGAUGUGAAUGCUGCCGUCUCGGCAAUCAAAUCGAAGCGACACAUUCAAUUCGUUGACUGGUGUCCGACGGGCUUCAAGAUCGGCAUCAACUAUGAACGGCCCGCCUUUGUCCAGGACGGUGAUUUGGCGCCCACUUCGCGCGCCUGCUGCAUGCUCUCCAAUACGACAGCGAUAGCGGUGGCCUUCUCCAAUCUGUCGUACAAGUUCGAUCUGAUGUUCAAGAAGCGCGCCUUCGUCCACUGGUAUGUGGGCGAGGGCAUGGAGGAGGGCGAGUUCAGCGAAUCUCGCGAGAAUAUCGCCGUGCUCGAGUCUGACUUUAAUGAGGUCGGCCUGAACAACGACGAGGAGGAGGAGGAGGAUGUUGAAUUUUAGUCGAGCCUCCAUGUAAUUAUUAUCAAUAAACCAUUGUUUUGAAGUUAAUGUCAAUUGAAAUGAAUAAACGGAGGAACUAAGCCAACGAAUUAUAACCCCAGCCGGAGCUUAGAGGUUAAUAAACUAAUGUGAGUUAUAUGUAUAUAUAUAUAUAUAUAUAUAUAUGCUGUAAUAUAUAUCGUAUACAACCGUAUUCAUUCCAAUAAAGAGCAACUCCAAAAAUU